AUGUGUGUGUGUGUGUGUGUGUGACGGAUUCGUUAAUUUACAGUACACCGGUGGGGAAGUGUUACAGGUAGCUCGCCAAGUCUUUCUCAACGCCUCGUUUAUCCCGAUACCUAUGAUAAUGGACUUUAUCCUGUCACCCUGGAUGACUGUGGGGAUAGCAUCGAUGUUAAGUAUCUUCUUGUACAGCAAAUGGAAACACAGUUUGUUCUCAAAGCUCGGAAUUCCAGGACCAAAACCCAAAUUUAUAUUUGGUAUUUUACCUACUUACAAGAAAGACGGUUUAGCCUGGACAGAUUUGCAGCUUGUAUCAACGUAUGGAAAAUUUAUCGGAAUAUACCAUGGACACAACCCAGUGACGUUAAUAGCUGACCACGAGAUGAUCAGAGAAAUCUGCAUCAACAGAUCAGAUGUGUUCAUCAAUAGAGCGUCCUCUUUUGAUAUGUGCGGGACUCUCGGAUGUGCUGUGGCCCUUGCUGAUAAUACGCACUGGAGAUUUCUUAACAGGAAGUUGUCUUCCAUUUUUUCAAAGGAUAGGAUAGACAAGAUAUGUCCAAUGUUGACUGAAUGUUUAGACACAAUGGUCGAAAACAUCAAGAUUUCAUCAAAGAGUGGACAGAGUUUCGACUUCAUGCAACAUUGCAGUCACUUUUCAAUGGACAUACUAAUGGGGGGUGUCAUUGGUCAGAAAGUCAACUCAGCGAAAGAUCCAGAAAAUGUACUUAUAAAACAAGCUCAUGUUGCAUGGAUAGCAGGGAAUGCUGGCUGUAUUCGGCUUGGCGGAAUAUGUGCAUUAUGUCCUCCGAUGAGAAAGGUACUUAACUAUUUCAACGUGUCACCUUGUUCUAAGGACAUCAUUGAAUUUUUCACAGACAUCACAAGGGACAGAAUCAACCAAUCAGAUGCGCCGAUUCGAUCCGAUUUUUUAAAGUUCAUGACAGAAAGAAGUGACAAUGACAACAACAAUUCAGCUAAGAACAAGGAAAGAGGUCUAACGGAAGAAGAAAUAACGGCAAACAUUCUCUUCUUUAUAAUGGCUGGGUAUGACACCACAGCGAAUGCCUUGGCUUUCCUAGCUUACAAUCUCGCCACAAACACUGACUGUCAGGAGCGUCUGAUACACGAGAUAAACAACAGCAUUAUCAAGGGGGAUAUGUGCUACGACAGCAUUAUGGAUUUGCCAUACUUAGAUAAGGUCGUAUCCGAGACGCUCCGAAUGUUUCCACCUAUGUUGAGGUUUAACAGACGGGCGUCGUCCGACGUGACAGUUUGCGGUCGACACAUCCCACGUGACAUGGACGUAUCUGUUCCAAUCUUUGCUCUACACAGAGAUCCAGAGGUUUGGGCGGAUCCGCAUAAAUUUGAUCCGGAAAGAUUUGCCCCUGAACAAGUAGCCAGAAGACCUACAUAUGCGUAUGUACCAUUUGGAGCAGGACCCAGACAUUGUUUUGCUUCAAAAUUUGCUGUUUUUGAAAUCAAACUGGCCAUAGUUCAUCUUCUGAAGCAUUUUAAGUUAGAGUCGGCACCAGAGACAGAGAUGCCUCCGAAACUGGAAAAGGGUGGAUUUGCACGUGCAGAAAAUGGAAUAUGGCUUCGAGUGCAAUCCUCGUGAGAGUUUAGCUGCUGUUUUUGGGACUGAAUAUAAGUAAACAAGCAUGAAUGAAUUGCUGACUUUUCAGCAACGUAAAUUGAGUGUAUGUAUAUUUGAAUGUAAUGUUUGAAUGAUUCCCUAUAUGAUUGUGUUAAAAGUGCGUGUAAGAGUUUCGAUGUUACAUGGAUAUAAUACAAACCUGUGAUUGUAGUGUAAGAAAGAUGUUCCAUAGAUUGUAGUGAGAGCUUUUAUCAUUACUGUUGCAAAAACAUAUGAAUAUGUGUCCUCCUAUAUGAAGAUGUUAAUUUGUUAUUGCCAUCAGCAUUUUGUCGAAAGGACGGUUAAACGUAUUGAUUUUUAUAGAAAUAUUGUAAAAUAUUAAACGCAUUUUUCAGAACAACCAAAACAAGAUAGAAAAUAAAUCCAUUACAUACAUGCAUAUAUACGAACUACAACAGAUGACAAUAAAAUUGACUUAGUGUCAACAAGUAAUAUCUAACUCGCAGAUCAGUAUAAAGAACAAUUCAGUAUUGCUUGUUACACAUUGUUUUACUCUAUAACCUGUCAAACAUGCACGGUGGUUGCAGUUACAAGAUACACAAGUCCCAUCUUUUGGGAUGACAUGUUAAAAUAUCACAGAAAGUCUCUUUACUGGGGGUACAAUUUUACAAUAUAUCUGCAAUUUUGAAGAUACAUUCUACACCUUAACAAAACAUGUUUAACUCUGAGAAUGCGGCAGGUUACCUAACAAACAAACUGCAACAUGAAGGACGAAUUAUAAAAUCUUGCACCAACCCGAGAAUGAAGUAUGUUACUAACCUGUUAAAGGUCACGUCGGCUCUUUACAACAGGUGCGUCCUUAAGGAGCUGGGCCCAGUUGUUAGAGGUGUUAAUAUUUUACAAUAUCAAAGGGUGAUUAGCUUAAUCAGUGAUUAGCACAAAUUUCAAUUUUUGUGUAUCUUUGAAACACAACUAUUGACUGAGUUAAAACUGUCCAGAUAUCAAAUAUUAGGUAGAGUAAAUAUACGUGUAACAUAAUGAGUAUUUACCUUGUAUAUUGACGGAAUUAUUAAAGGUUGUAAAAUGUCUUUAAACAGUGAUUAAGCUAAUCAUCUUUUGAACAACUGGGCCCAGAUAUUUAACCUUACAAAACAUACCAAACGUUGAUGAUGACAUAUAAACGACCUAACAGAACAUUCUCAAAGUUGCGUUAAUGUAAUAAAGUGUAAAUUACAGUAUUGUGAAUAGAAGGAUAUAGCCGCUUGAUUGCCCAAUUUAUUAGAUCAAUGUUUUGUGUUAUCUGAGUAUAUUCCAUUAUCUUGUGUAAACAUAUGCACGUUAACCAUGCUUAGUAUUUCCAUGAAAUUAGCAUUGCCAAGAGUAAGUAUUAUAUAUGAUUUGGACUGAUGCAACAUUACAUUGUAAAUCAUAAGUAUACAAAUGUAAAUUGUAAACAACUCAUUCAUUAAUUGAUCUCAUAUACGAAACGUGCGUUCUGAUUGAGAUCAAAUUUUAUUUAUCUCAUACGCGAACCAUGUGUCCUGCUUUAUAUGUUAUAUUGCAAUGUCAGAAUGAGUAUAUAUUGCUGACAAACACACACAUCAUUAAUCCAUUGACAGUGUGACAUUGAGAAUCAAGAAUUUGUUCUGUGAUAGUUUUAAUUUUUAUGAGUUGAUGAGUUGAUCUUGAAGCGAAUGUAAUUAACUGUGAAUCAUUUUGUUUUGACUUUCUAUUCAGUCAAUCAAUCCAACAACCUAUUGAGAUUACCAUAGCAAGAAUCAACCAUAUGUCCAUUAAACAUAAUUAAAGAUGUGUACUGAAAACAUAGUGAAAUACUGUAAACCGGGAAUUUUUCGCCCAAUCAAACGUUCGCCCUUCGCCAUUAAAAUCCAUUUUCGCCCAAUCAAACUUUCGCCCUUCAUCAGUAAAGUAUAUUUUCGCCCAAUCAAACUUUCGCCCUUCAUCAGUAAAGUCUAUAUUCGCCCAAUAUUAAAUUCGCCCUUCACAAUUAAUUACUAUGUAUAGUACGUUGUUAACAAAUGUUCGCUGAAAUGAUAAAUUCGCCCUCAUUUCGUUAGGCGAAAAUUUAAAAUGCAGCGAAAAUUCUCCGGUAUGCGGUAUCCAGUGUAAGAUAUUCUACAAAGACAAUGAUGUCAGUAACUGUGACUAAGUGCUCUGGGUUCGUGAAAAAGUCACAUUUGAUAGUUUUGAUGAAUGGAAAUGUAUCGGUGUAUCAUAAAUCCAUUUUACAAAGUAUGUCCCUUCCCGUUGUUGCAAAUAAAUGUUUAUCAUUUUUAUCGAUAUCAUCAAUAGCUUGCUUCCUGUGCAGAACUGUGAUAAAAUGGAGCUUUAAUGUUGUACAAACCAUGCAGUAGAUAUAACCAAAAGCACUCCAGUUUAACUUUAAUUAGUGUUGAUUAUUCUGGGCACAUCAUGCUUGGACGAUUUUAGUUGAAAUCCGAACAAUUAAGAUGAACGAAUCCUGCUGUGCUUAAUUAUUUUCAGGGGACAAGCAGGCAAAGACAAUAUUCUUGAAUACGCAUGAAUAUUUUGUUAGUAAAAUCUGGAAAUUGCGAAUCUUUGUUUGAUAUGACUGUACUACACGAACAUGUUCCGAUAGACUUAAUUAUAAUUUGUUUCGUAUUAUACAUCCUGUGUCUGUUUAAAAGUAAAUAAGUCUUGAUCUGUUCCAGUAGAUAUGAUCAUGAUUUAUUCAAAAUGUGUUUAAUGCGAAUAAAAGUUAAAAAAUAAAAUGUA